CCCGGAAGUAAUUAGGAAGCUGGGCCGGGAAGUCGGAAUUUGGAUUGUUUGCCGUCGUUUCUCCGCACUCGCUAGUCCUGGCACUGCCAGCGCCGCCGCCGCCGCCAUGGGGAAGCGACAGCAUCAGAAGGACAAGAUGUACAUUACCUGUGCUGAAUACACUCAUUUCUAUGGUGGCAAGAAACCAGAUAUCCCACAAGCCAAUUUUCGUCGUUUACCUUUUGAUCACUGCAGUCUCUCUCUGCAGCCCUUCGCCUACCCGGUCUGCACCCCUGAGGGUGUCGUCUUCGACUUGCUUAACAUCGUCCCUUGGCUUAAGAAGUAUGGGACCAACCCCAGCAACGGAGAGAAACUGGACGGGAGGUCCCUGAUCAGGCUGAACUUUGCAAAGAACAAGGAAGGAAAGUACCACUGCCCAGUGCUGUUUACUGUGUUCACCAACAACACCCACAUUGUAGCUGUCAGGACCACCGGCAAUGUCUAUACCUACGAGGCAGUGGAACAGUUAAAUAUCAAGGCCAAGAACUUCCGAGACCUGCUGACGGACGAGCCCUUCUCUCGGCAGGACAUCAUCACCCUUCAGGACCCCACCAAUUUGGACAAAUUCAACGUCUCCGAUUUCUUUCAUGUGAAGAAUAACAUGAAGAUGACAGAUCCUGAUGAAGAAAAGGCCAAACAGGACCCAUCUUAUUAUUUGAAAAAUACGAAUGCCGAGACCCGUGAGACGCUGCAGGAGCUCUACAAGGAGUUCAAAGGGGACGAGGUCCUGGCAGCCACCAUGAAGGUCCCUGAGAAGAAGAAAGUGGACAAGCUGAACGCCGCGCACUAUUCCACCGGGAAGGUCAGCGCCUCCUUUACCUCCACUGCCAUGGUUCCGGAGACCACACACGAAGCAGCCGCCAUUGAUGAGGAUGUGCUGCGCUACCAGUUUGUGAAGAAGAAGGGCUACGUGCGCCUGCACACCAACAAGGGCGACCUCAAUCUGGAGCUGCACUGCGACAUGACGCCGAAGACCUGUGAAAACUUCAUCAAGCUCUGCAAGAAGCAGUACUACGAUGGCACCAUCUUCCACAGGUCCAUCCGGAACUUUGUGAUCCAGGGGGGUGACCCCACCGGCACAGGCACAGGUGGGGAGUCGUACUGGGGAAAGCCCUUCAAAGACGAGUUCCGGCCCAACCUCUCGCACACGGGCCGGGGCAUCCUCAGCAUGGCCAACUCAGGGCCCAACGCCAACAAGUCUCAGUUCUUUAUCACCUUUCGAUCCUGUGCGUACCUGGACAAGAAGCACACCAUCUUCGGGCGAGUUGUUGGGGGCUUUGACACGCUGACAGCCAUGGAGAACGUGGAGAGUGACCCCAAAACCGACCGCCCUAAGGAGGAGAUCCGCAUCGACUCCACCACCGUGUUUGUGGAUCCCUACGAGGAGGCCGAUGCUCAGAUUGCUGAGGAACGGAAGAAGACGCAGCUCGAGGAGGUGGCCCCAGAAAGCGCUAUAAAAACUCAACAGCCCAAGGCGGGGAGCCAAGGCCCCCAGACGUACCGCCAGGGGGUGGGCAAGUACAUCAACCCAGCAGCCACGAAACGGGCAGCAGAGGAAGAGCCCUCAACCAGCACAGCUGUCCCUGCAGCCAAGAAAAAGCCCAGCCGAGGCUUUGGGGACUUCAGCUCCUGGUAGCAGCAGGUCUGCCCCUCUGGAGCCCUAGAGGGACUCAGGGCUUGGGGGCCUGUACCCACGCCGCGGAGUUCUCCACCUUUCUGACUAGAGCUCGCUAAAGCGCUUGUUGUUGCUGGAGUCCCCUUGCCUGGCCCCGGGGUCCACGGGCCUUCCCCGCCUUCACUCGCUUCGGUGGCGCGACCCUCUUCCCAGGCCGGGGCCAAGCCCGAAUGAGAUCUCAGACCACCAGGCGUGGGCUGUGGCCCUUAGGCCCACCUGCAGGGUGUGCCUGGGUGGGGGAGGAAGGCAGAGGCAGAGUCUCUGCCUUCCUCCCCAGCCCCAUUUUUGUCGUCUCCCUUGGGCACUGUUUGCUCAGCGUUAGCACCUGGCACCGCGUUAGAAACAGGCUUGCAGAGCCCGACCUCCUCGCCCGAGGCCACGGGGAGGGCAGUCCCUGGGUACUGCCACAGACUGGGGAGCUCCUGUUGCCUGUGGCUUGAGGACCCUUGACCAGAGCCUUGACCCGAGUUCCUAAAAUCUCUCCUGCUGCCUUUUGCCUGGACUCGCUGAGGCCUGCCCGCCCCCCCCGCCCCCCACAAGGACUCUGGGCAGUCAUAGCCAUGUUACCCCGUGGGCCUACUCUGGCCCCCCGCCUCAGGAUGGUACGAAGAGCCCAUGGGAGCAGCUGCCCCCCCACCCUUAGGGCCUGACUUCGGGCUCAAACAUUUGACCCUUCACCCCAGCACUAGGGCUUUCAGACCAGUCUCACCAGUGUUUCUGGAUUUAAAAAUCCCUUUCCUUUAUUUUUCUAUAAAUGUCAAAAAAGCCUUAACAUUUGCUGGUCUGCCCUUUGUUUUCUGUUUCUUCUGUAGCCUGUGCCCAUGUGGCUUCCCUGCUCCUGACCUUGACGACACUACCUCAGCUUUCCCAGAUGCCUCUGCAGAAGCGUGGGACAGCUGUACACCCCCUCACCACCCACUCCUGAGGCCUGUCCUCAUGUUGGCACGGGCCGCAACCCCCUCCAGCUUGUCGCAUUGCAAACCUCACUUACGCUCUGUCCUUUGUUGUUCUUUCCCUCACCCAAACCUCAGGUCCAUCAGUGUCAAUAGCAGCUUCCGAAUGUACCUGGGAGUCCCCCCCCCCCUUUUUUUUAAGAUUUUAUUUGACAGAGAUCACAAGAAGGCAGAGCAGCGGGGGGGGGGGGGGGGAUGCAGGCUCCCUGCUGAGCAGAGAGCCUGAUGUGGGGCUCGAUCCCAGGACCGUGAUACCAUGACCUGAGCCGAAGACAGAGGCUUAACCCACUGAGCCACCCAGGCACCCCAGGGCUCCCCUCUUUCCACCUCGGAUACUGAACCCCAGACCCAAGCCUGCUCUCUAGCCUGCCUUUGUUUAAGCCCCUUGCACAGAUCCUCCUGGUGCCAUCUGGGCCCCCUUCCCAGAGCUUGCCUGGCCAUUGUCCUCGUUUCACACCAGUCACUGGCUGUCCUGUGUGUGGAAAACAAGGUCUGUGCUCCCCACACACCCUGUCCCUCCGCAGUCCUCUCCCUGUGACUGUAGCCAGGGACCCGGGGUUCUAGAGAGCACCCACUCAGCCCUCUGCACCUGGGGCCAGGCCCUUGUCACCCUUCUCCCUGACCUCCCCACCAUCCCUCCCAGCUACACCAAAACAUCAGGGAGCUGGUGUUUGUGCCCAGAAUGCCUCCAGGAACCUGGUCUGCCCAGGAGAGGGCUGCCUCAGGGACAGCCGUGUGAACACACUCGCAGACCUCUGAAUAGCUCUUGGUGACUCAGGGUGCAGGUGGGUGGGUGCAGAGGCGGCCCUGGAGAGGGAAGGUUCCAGAGGGCCCCCGGGCUCCUCAGCCUUCUGAGUUUGGGGGCAGGGGGAGCUAAGGUGAAGCUUUCUUGGCCUGCAUGUACCCACUCCAGACUUAGCCUGGUGGGGAGCCUGGUGGCACACUGCUCUAGGACACGGCAGGCUGCAUGCCACCACACAGGACCGGAGCAGCCACAGGAGGAGCUCGGAGAUGCAAAGCUCCCAGCGGGAACCCAGGGCCCCUCAGCAUUGGGGCAGGGCACCUGAGACAGGAGGUGCUACCGGAAAGGACACAUCUGACAGUGGAAGCUUUAUUUUUCAACCUCACACAGACACAGAGGACAGAGGGCUGGACACAGAGGCUGAAGGAGGCUUGUGCACGUGAGCUUGGCAGUCCUGCUCCAAGGGGCAAACCUUCCGGCUGUUGUCCAUCUGUCCGUCCUUCCAGCUGCACCCAGUGACCACACCCACCUAGCCCAAAGCAUGGCCAGCCCACCCUAGGCUGCAGACCCACCCAAGAGCCUUUGACAAAGGAGGGUUUACAUUUCUGUAGGUCAUUUUGGAACUUUUAAAUUAGUUUUCUAAAUACUAAACCGCUUGGAUUUUGUAAGUACCUGGUGAGGUCCUCAGGUAAAUUAAAAGGGCUUUUGGAAAAAUUCCCAUGUCUGAUCUCGCCUAAUAUCUGACAGAUGCCAUCAAGAAUAAGCAUUCAGGUACAAAAAUACUAUAUAUAUGUAUAUAUAAAACAGCAACGAAAUGAAACCACACUGGUAAAGCAGACGCGCCAUGCCAGAGAAUGCAACAUGGUUGAAGUUCAAUGCAUUUCUGGUCCUGGCAUCAUCUCCCAUUCUUUAAGGAAACAAAUACUUUAAAUAAUUUAAAUAAAAGUCGCAGGAUGAUAUUUAGUGUCUCGGAAUUUAAGAGGGUGGAACAUUCCCACACUUCGCCAGCACGUCUGGUUGUGUGUGGUCUCCUGAAUGUCCUUCCCCUGAAGCCAGCUCACGGUCUGUUCAUUUGGUUUUGAAAGGAGCUUGGAUUUUUCAGAAGACCAACAAAUAAAAGUGGUAAAGAGUUUUUCGUUGGUAUCAAUUACCAAAAAAAAAAAAAAAAGCCUAAGACCACUAGUAAAAAUGUUUCAAUGCCAUCA